AUGGCUCUUCGCGUUGAUUAUGAGGGUAGCAAUGACGUUGGAGUCUUCUGCACUCUCACAAACAGUUAUUGUCUUGUCGGAAUUGGUGGAACACAGAAUUUUUACAGUAUUCUUGAAGCAGAAUUGGCCGAUGUGAUUCCAGUCGUUCACACUUCCAUCGCAUCCUUGAGGAUUGUUGGAAGAGUGACCGUCGGAAACCGCAAAGGCCUUCUCGUGCCUAAUUCCACUACCGAUCAAGAGCUUCAACAUUUGAGGAAUUCGCUUCCCGACGAGGUUAAAAUCAGAAGAGUCGACGAGAGAUUAUCAGCGUUGGGAAAUGUCAUCGCGUGCAACGAUCACGUCGCCAUCGUGCACGCCGAAAUCAGUCAGGAAACCGAACAAGCACUCAUCGACGUCCUCGGCGUCGAGGUAUUCCGAGUGAGCUUGGCACAAAAUGCGCUGGUCGGAAGCUAUUGUGCUCUUUCCUCACAAGGGUGUUUGGUCGCCGCAAGAACACCUCCAGAGACGCAGAGAGAGCUCGCCGCGCUCCUUCAAAUCCCAGUCGUCGCCGGAACAGUGAACCGUGGAAGCGAAAUGAUCGGCGCUGGAAUGGUUGUGAACGAUUGGGUCGCUUUCUGUGGCCUCGACUCCACUUCUACAGAACUCUCGGUUGUUGAGUCCAUCUUCAAGCUCGGCGAGCAAGGCGCACCAACAAGCAUCAGCAAUCAAUUGCGCGACACUCUUAUCGAGAGUAUGCUCUAA